GACCUCCUGAAGUCCCUGGGCCACCUGGAGAGUGUGUUCAGCUCGGCGUACCCGCGUGGGGAAGGCCUGAUGCCCGCCGUGAAGACUGGCACGGCGCCGCUCCACACCGCCGCCCUACAGGCCUGGGCACUGCUCAUCACCCUCUGCCCAGCAUCGCACCUCAACAGCCUCAUCAACCACCACCUGCCUCGUCUCCAGAUGUGUCUGGACUCCCCUGACGUCAACUUCAGGAUAGCAGUGGGAGAGACCAUCGCCCUCCUCUACGAACUGGCCAGGGAUAUUGACCGGGACUUUGAGUACGAGGACAGUGACUGCCUAUGUGACGGCCUGAAGAGUUUAGCCACGGACGGGAACAAGCACAGAGCCAAGAACGACCGCAGGAAACAGAGAUCCAUAUUCAGGGAGGUGUUGCAGUACAUAGAGAAUGAAGACUUCUCCGAGGAGAAGAUCCGUUUCGGUGUGGAGGCCUUGUAUAUCGACUGCUGGGUACGUCGGCGUAUCUACGAUGCCUUCAAGGAGAUGCUGGAGUCGGGGGUGCGUCACCACCUGCAGUGGAACCCCCUCCUGAGGGACGUCUUCGGCCUGGGAGCGCCCCUCAUCCUCGACCCCUCCUCCCUCAAAGCCACCAAGAUCUCCCGCACAGAGCGGCAUCUCUUCAACUCUGCGGCCUUCAAAGCUCGGACUAAACUGCGCAACAAAGUGCGGGACAAGAGAGCGGACGUGAUGUGAGACAGAAGCCACGGCCACCCAACUCUAAAGUGUGGGAGGGGCCACAAACACAUGUAGCCCCUCCCCUGAAACCGAAGACAGGGGGUAUUACCUCAAUACCUAGUGUGCACACUUCCAAGUGUGCUCAGCCUAAUUAGUCACACCCAGUGAUUGGAUACUCCAUAGAGUUCACCAAAGAGUAUCCAAUCACUGUGCGUGACUAAUUAGGCUGAACACACUUGGAAGUGUGCAGACUAGGUUUUGAGAAAUACCCAGGGUGUUUCUCAAAGUCAAGUGUGCUAGCCUUGCUAGGACGGGUAAUAAGGCCCAUUUGCGCCUGGUGUAUCCAAUUAUUAAUUAUUACACUUAGAGCUAGUUGAAUUCCGCAAACAAGGGGCGGGGCUAGGACACUUCACUUGGAGAAACGCCCACAAACACCAACAGCAGCUGCCAAACACUUUUGCAAGGGACUUCACAAGCAAUGCAAACGAGCGCGUGUGAGUGUGUGUGGGCUUGUAUGAAUGAAUGAAUGAAUGAAUGAAUGAAUGAUGGGGAUUGUGUGUGUGUGCGCGCAUGUUCGAGUGUGGGUUUUAUUUUUUAUUUAACACCAUGGAAUGAAAACCAUAAAAAAGAGCAAGGAUCCUGAAAAAACAAAAACAAAAAAAGAUAAAGAAGAGAUGAUCUCUGGAAACACAUAGGAAAGCAUUUCUGCUUUGAAGAUGUCAAGAAAAGUAUUUUAACUUCUAAUUUAUUUAAGUAAGUGGGAGAAGAGAUACAUUUUAACGUGAAAUGAGGAGCUGUUUACACAUCCGUAGGGAUGGAUCACAGCAGACAGACAACCUGUGUUGGCUUUUUUUCUAUACUUGACCACAGGCCUAAACAACAGUACUGUUUCUCCUGUGUUGGAUGUAAAGGAUUUCAGAUGCACACACACACACACUCACACACACACAGUAUGAGUGGGAACCUUGUGUGCACGUGUGUGUGUGUGUGUGUGUGACUGGAAUGUGCACACAGGUUUAUGUAUCGGACACAAAGAAGUGCUUAAGUUACUUAAGUGCACGUAACAUUGUCACCAAAAGGAGAUUACUGGUGCUCUGUGCCUACUAGUAGUCUCAAAUCAAUCAUGAAACGCAAAGAAAUAAUAAAAAAUGUCAUGAACAUGCAA